GAUUAUUGUUGUGUGUGCGUGUGUGUUCGUGCAGCAGCAGACUCAUGCCGCCUCCGUGUGCUCCGGCGCCAGUCGACGGUCCGAGAGCUCAGAAAGCAGACGAGAAGACGCCGGUGCCGAGCCUUCUGGAGCCGCAGGUGAAGCGUGUGCGGAUGGGGCUCGUGGCGUACGCUGGAGACUCCUCCGACGAAGAAGAGGAUCAUGGAGCCUUCAGAGCGGCCGGAGCCACAGGAUGGACAUACCGCUGCCCUUCAUCACCACCCACACGGCCCAAAACACAGACGCAGACGCAACCACAAGGUGAACAGGCAGGGAAAAUGCGACACAGAAUCUCCCCUGGCAAGCAGGUCCAGGCCCCCUCAGCCAAGAGUCCGAACCUGCGAGGAGGGGGGCGAGAGCCCACCUAG